AUGGUUUCUGGCCUAUUUCUCUUUCUCCUUCUCCUCCUGCCCUCACCCGUCCCUGCCUCCUGCCGCCCUGCCACCCCGGAGGAGUGUAAGGAGAACCAAAAGUUCAUCCCGGGGUACCAGCUGGCAGGAGAAGGCGUGGAUGUCACCACCCUGCAGCGCACUGGCUUCUUCUCUGUGGAUCUAACUAAAUACCUCCAGAAGAACGGAACCUGCAUGCUCUGCCACAAUGACCAUCAGGGUGGGGAACGCCAACGCCUCCCUUUGGCCAUCACAGACUGGCACGCUGAAACGGCCAAGUGCCAUAGGGCAGUGGUCAAGACAAUGUCUCAUUCGACCAUAGAUGUGGCCAACUCAGUAGCCAAGAGCAUCAGAAAUGAUUGGAAGGCGGGGCUGGACGUGGCCCCCAAACCAGGAGUCAACUUCCAGGUGUCGAUAGCUGGAUCCCACUCCCAAGCAGCCGAUUUUGCUUCAGGAAAAUUGCAGGAGGAUGAGUAUAUCUUCACCAGCGACGAGGUGGAGUGUCGCUACUACAGGUUCCACCUUGUUCGGAAACCCCCUUUGAAAACCCAUUUCAGCCAAGCUAUCCAGGCCCUCCCCCUCAAGUUCAACUCCUCCACUCAAUCCAACUACUUCCGUCUGGUCUCCGAAUACGGCACUCACUUCAUCACAUCUCUGAACCUGGGGGGUCGGGCCACCGACAUAACUGCCCUGCGCACCUGCAAGCUCGCUCUGGACAGGAUCACGGCCGACGAGGUGGCCAAGUGUCUGGAGGUGGAAGCGAAUGUGAAUGUACUCAGCCACGGGCCCACCACAGCGAAUAAGAAGUGUGAGGAGCAGAGGAAAGAGCAUGGGAUCCAAGGGUCCUUCCACGACACGUACAAUGAGCGACACGUGGAGGUGGUGGGAGGGCAGCACGAGAACACUGCUGACCUGAUUUUUGGGGUCCCCCAGGGGCCGGAGCAGUUCACCGCCUGGAUGGCCACACUCCCAGCAUCUCCCGGGCUGGUGAGCUACUCCCUGUCCCCUCUCCACUUGCUGUUGAAGCCUCAGAACCCCCGCAGAGAAGAAUUGAGGCAGGCCGUGAGUGAGUACAUCAACAAGAGGGCCCGGUGGCAAAACUGCACCGAGCCGUGCCCUCCCGGGAAAGUGAAAAGUUCCCGUGACCCCUGCCGCUGUGUGUGCCUGAAAAUAGGAGGUAUGGACGAGAACUGCUGCCCUCAGGAAAGGGGCCUGGCCAGGAUGGAGGUGACCAUCCACAGAGCCAAAAAUCUGUGGGGAGACAAAACCACGGCCACAGACGCCUAUGUCAAGGUGUACCUUGGGGGGCAGGAGUGGAAGACUACCACGGUGUGGAACAACAACAAUCCGGUGUGGGGGCAGUGGAUAGAUUUUGGUAUGGUGGAGCUGUCCAGGGCGGGCCCCCUCCGGGUGCAGGUGUGGGAUGAGGACGAGGGCUGGAAUGAUGACCUCCUGGGCUCCUGCGACCAGCAGCCUGUGGCGGGGAAUUCCCAGAAGAUAUCUUGCCUCUGUAAGCACGGCUCCGUGGAGUUCUCGUAUAAGGCCACCUGUGCGGCCCACCUGAAGGGACGAAAGUGCCUAGAGUAUGCCCCUCAGUGGGACCAAGCUGCGAAGGACCAUCUGGGUCUGCCUAGUCAAGUGGCCCAUUGA